AUGGAGGCCGGCGGCGGCCUUCUUUACUGGACUCUUUCGUCGAGUUUUGGCAGAACGUGGUUCUCUCUGCACAGCAACAUUGAUGUCGGCGUCAUCGCGAAGAUUGAUUUUUUAGGGCCGCACUUCCCCGCGCUCAGAUCCAUCUCGUUGGGCUGCAUCCUGUUCAACGAGGAGACGCACGUCGAGGACUUCAUCGUGCGGCACAGGCGCACGCUCCGGAGUCUGUGGCUCCAUUCCUGCAGGAUCGCGAUCCACGGCCCGGGCCAGGGGCCACCCCGCUUUUGGUCGGAGGUCUUCACUCGGUUUGCGGAUGUCCUAGAGGAGUUGACGGGGGUCUUUGUAGAUGAUGGUCGUCAUCGCCAGCUCAACAGGUACACGAGGUUGCACGAGCGGACGAGGUACGCGUAUCUUCUCGAUAGCCUUGUGAGGAUCAAGGACGAGGAGGCUUUGAGGAAGAUUGAGGACGAAGUUUUCUCGAGGGAUGUCUGGAGGCCGAAUUGGUGGUUUAUGAAGAAUCGCAUAUAUAUCCGCCUUGGAGAGACUGCGUCGAAGUCCAAGUGA